AUGUUGGAGAAGAGAAAAGACCUAGGCCGGGGCACCAAGAAGGCUUCAGUGCAGGGGUCAAGUCUUGGAGUGUCAUUGGACAGUCAUGGUCGAAGCCCUCGUGUCACAACACUUCUUAGAGAGUUUGAAAACUUUGAAAAUUAUGUUACAGAAGCGGCCAAUUCCUUCCUUCGACAAAGACCUGAACUUCCUUUUCUAGUGGUUGCUGACAGUUCUCCUUACCCUCCACUUGUACUUCCAGAGGGUGCUAAACUUCUCCUGCUUGCUCUCAGCCCGGAUCAGCCUCCUCAGGCUCAUAGGCCUGAGGUCCACAUUCAGACUGAGUUUGUCUUCCUGAUUCCUGAUGGUGUUGAGUUGGAGCAGCCUAGAGUGAUUGAAAGACUGAUUCGAGAGUUAGAAGGAGAAGGCGGGGGCCCUGUGAGGCUAGUGGCUGCCCCUGUUUUGACUCGAUCUGCAGUGCACUGUCUUCACCUGAGAGUCAACCUCCGUGAGUGGACAGCCACAUACUCCCCGGCCGCUUCUGGGAGCAGUGGAAGUGUCUGCACGGCUUUACAAGGGGAUGCUGUAGUUCUCAUGCGCACAGAAGAUCUAUUUAACCUCUCUGUGCCACUUGGGCGCCCACUUUUCUCCGCCCUUUUUAUCCAGACAGCCCUCCGAGGAUGGAAAGUCAAGCUGCUGGAGAGCCCAUGCUUCUCAGCCAGCCACAGACCUCUGUACACCUCUGCUCACAAUCAAUGGAAGUCUGACACACGACUGAAGGAGGCCACUGGGAGACUCAUGAAGAGUUUUGGAUUAAAACGUCUUCUUCUGCCUGAGGGAAAGGAGCAGUGGUUUGGGUGCAGUAAAGAAACCCCAAGUUACAUUCAGAACUCUUUGUGCGUUGACACAAACCUCUCCAUAGAUUACAGUGUGCGAGUCCAGCAGCCUGUGGUGGGAGAUUUUUGGUCUUGA